CCGUGUUUGGAAAACAGCAUGGGAUUAGGAUAUAAUCCCUUUAAUUAAUAGAAGUCGUACAUAAAGGGUCUGGUGUUAGCUAGCUGUAUUGUUUUUGUUUGUCGAAGCAAAUUGGAAUAAACUUCUGAACAAAGCAGAAAUCUCAAUGUCAAAAUUUUAUAAUAGUAUAUAGUUAAAAUUGGACCUGUACUUUGUGUACAACUUGUUUGUUUACUUUUCCUUUGUCUAUGUUUCGUUUGUCAAUGAAUUUAUAUUACUAAACCGAAAUUUAUAUGUCAACAAUACUACUACAAAUUUCAAAAGUUAAGUCUAAGGUUUUUAUUUAGUUAUAUACAUGAAAACAUGAGUUGGCAAACUGAGAUCUGGCCUAAUAGUAACAUACAAGUACUCGAAACCCUAAGCCGUGAAGUUCGCUUUCUGUUGCUUUAUUUAAGUUAAACUUAAAAGUUUAUAAGUUGGACACUUGAGUCGAUACACUAAAGAAUAAAGAUUCUAUCCUUGUUUAUAAUUAUUUUCUAAAAGUUCACUUUAUAGAAGAAAAAAGGUUCUUUAUAAUCAUACUAGACAAUAGAUUAAUUGAACGAUGGAUACUAUUGGUAACGCAAAGCGAUAUAAGUAUUUUGGUGGUAAAGGUGUGAAUGAUAAGUAUUAGAGACGGUAAACAAAAUACUGAUAGAAUAUGGUAAUUACCAUAUGAACUUUGCGUGUAUAAUCUCAAAUAGUAAAACCACUUUAACGAGUUGUAUCGAGUCAUGUUCCUUUUUGGAUAGACAAAUCUCUAUAUUUUGUUACCUCGACUGAAUCUAUAUCUAUCUAGUUGUUGGCAAUAUAGACUAAUACAGUCUGCUGUGAACAAAUCAUGAAUCAUAGUUGCACUCCGACCACUUGGGACUCUGUCAAGAAGCUCCAUGGUAACGAUGCGUGAGUCUCUUAAAAAGCUCAUAUCCCUAUUUUUCUUUUCUUUUGGACGGCUUUGUCUUAUUAAAUUCUACAUUCAAAAAAACUAUUAUAGAAGCUCCAUGGAGCCGUCCAAAAAAGCUCAUACCCCUACUUAUUGUUAAUUAGAAUUGAAUUUGUUGAAUGUUAGAUUCGGGUUUAUUAUGAGCUUCCAACUUAAAAUCAAUUGGCAAUUAGUGGAUUGGCCCUAACCCUUUAUAUAGUAGUAGAUUAAUUCUUAUAUAUCCGAUGUGGGAUGUUUCUCAUCAAUACCUUCCCUCACGCUCAGACAUCUAGGUCUGAAGCGUGGACAAUGUGGGAAUAACAUCCACAGAGGGCCCAACAUCGGUAUAGUAGUAGUAGUUGUAGUUUAGGUCAAAGGAUCUUAUCGCUCUGAUACCAUGUUAGAUUCGGGUUUAUUAUGAGCUUCCAACUUAAAACCAAUUGGCAAUUAAUGGAUUGGCCCUAACCCUUUAUAUAGUAGUAGAUUAAUUCUUAUAUAUCCGAUGUGGGAUGUUUCUCAUCAAUAUUGAAUGAAUACCCUAUAAAAGCUCCAUGGUCACAUUCAAGAAAAUAAAACUGAAUUCAUUCAUUCAACAAAUUCAAUUCUAAUUAACAAUAAGUAAAUUGUUACUAUAAAGAACACUGAAGGAAAUAAUAAUUUUGAAAAAAAUUAUAUUAUAAAAUAUUCUUUGUCUUUUUUCUUUGAGACCGUAGUAGUAAAAUACUAAGGAAAUAUAUAAAUCGGGUUUGUUCAUACGCAAACACAUCCAAUUUUGAAAAGAAAAUAAGCAUGGGGGCAAGACUUCUAGGUGUCUAGAGAUUUGCAUUGCUGCAAACCUAAUGGUAAUAGUAGUAGAUUAUUUAAAGUGCUACAAAAGUGGAGCUCGUAACUCGUGCACUUCGAAAUCAUAUUAAUCAAAUAUCACACCAUUUUAUUUUCCUUUUCAUCAUCACAUUUCCGUAAUUUACUGCAUUGCUCGUUUAUGAUUAGUUUUGACAUUUAGUUUCAAUUUAAAGAAAAAGGAUGUACAAAAAGAAAAGAAAAAAUGGAUACAUAUUUCGAUACGAACAAAACUUAGGGGUGAGUUCACCCCCUAGGGUGAACCUUUAAAUUCACCUCACCUCUAAUAACCAAUCAUAAUGCCACAUAGAUUAAUGGAUAAAAACAAUUAAAUAAUUUUUUAAAAACUAAAAUAAUUAAAAAAUAAUAAUAAUAACGUCAACUUUACGAUAUUAAAAACCUUAACUAAACCCUAAAUCCAAACCUAAACUCUAAAUCCUAAAUCUAAACCCGAACUCUAUACCCUAAAACCCAAACCUAAACCCUAAACCCAAACCUAUACCCUAAAUCCAAACCAUAUACCCUAAAACCUAAACCCUAAACCCAAAACCCAAAACCCAAAACCCAAAUUCUAUACCCUAAACCCGAACCCUAUACUCUAAAUCCAAACCCUAUACCUUAAAACCUAAACCCUAGAUCCAAACUCUAUACCCUAAACCCAAACUCUAAACCCUAAACUAUAAACCCUAGAUCUUAAAUCCUAAACCCAAACAUUAGACCCUAAAUUUAACCUUAAACCCUAAACCCAAUUCUAUACCCUAAAUCAUGAACUUAAAUUGUAGAUUCUAAAUCCAAACCUUAAAUUCUAAAAGAACAAUAUCAACAUUAAUCUAAAUAUUUUAGUUUUGGAUUUAGGUAUAGGAUUUACAAUUUAGAUUUAGGGUCUAGGAUUUGAGUUUAGGAUAUAGGGUUUGGAUUUAUGGUUUAUGGUUUAAAUUUAAGAUUUAAGGUUUGGGUUUAGGAUUUAAGGUCUAGGGUUUAGGGUUUAGAAUUUAGGAUCUAGAGUUUGAAUUUAGGGUAUAUAGUUUGGGUUUAGGGUUUAGGGUUUAGGUUUUAAGGUAUAGGGUUUGGAUUUAGAGUAUAUGGUUUGGAUUUAGAGUAUAUGGUUUGGAUUUAGGUUCGGAUUUUAGGGUAUAGUAUUUGGGUUUAGGGUUUAGGUUUUAACGUACAGGGUUUAUAUUUAGGGUAUAGGAUUUGGGUUUAGGGUUUAGGUUUGGGUUUAAGGUUUAGAGUUUGGGUUUAAGGUUUAGAGUUUAGGGUUUAAGGUUACGGUUUGGAUUUAGGGUAUAGGGUUUGGGUUUAAGUUUGGGUUUUAGGGUAUAGAGUUCAGGUUUAGUGUUUAGAGUUUCGGGUUUAAGGUUACGGUUUGGAUUUAGGGUUUAGUUGGCGUUUUUAACGUCGUUAAAAUUAGCGUUAUUAUUAUUAUUUUUAACUAUUUUGAUUUUUAAAAAAUUAUUUAAUUGUUUUUAUCCAUUAAUCUAUGUGGCAUUAUGAUUGGUUCUUAGAGGUGAGGUGAAUUUAAAGGUUCACCCUAGGGGGUGAACCUAAGUUUUGUUCUUUCGAUACCCAACAUCUCUAGUUCGUUAAUAAUCUAUGAACAAACCAGAAACCACACUCAAAUUCAAAUCAUGGAUGUGCAAUCUCUUUCAAAACAAAUAGCGUUAUCCAUGGUUGGAUCAUGUACAACAGUUCAAGCAUCCACUAGUCUAAAAAUUAUCACGGAAUUAAUUGUAUAUUUUAUAUUUAUUCAUAACACACAAAUGCAUGCAUAUUCGUUUUUUUUUUGCAUGCAUACUCGUCAAAAUAGAGCAAAAGCAUGUUUUUUUAUCCCUAAUUCUUAGAGUGAAAUUUUUAGUGAAAUAUAAGAAUCCGUCUUUUAACUUUUAAUUAAAAACCUAAAAAUCGGUUCUUAAAUAUCUUAUUAAGAACUGAUUCUUAGUUUUUUUAAUUAAAACUAAAAGACAGAUUUUUAUAUUCCGUUAAAAAUUUCAUACCCUAGGAACUUCCAUCAAAUAUGCUCUAAGUUGACAAACAAAAAAGAAAAAAAGAGUUGAUAAGACUUUUACGCUCAUGUUUUACGGACUUUAUGGAUUUAAAACGAAAAAUUUAUAGCUUCGUCUGUACUGUACUGAUGUUAAAUAAGCUAUAAUGAAAAAGCGAUGAAUGCGCCUAAUAUAUGUUUAGAGCAUCCCCAUUAGUGAACUUAUAGGGGGUUCACACAGACUCCAAAAAAAAAAAAUAUUAAAAUAAUGAAUAGUGAUGAACUUGUCUCUCUCCACCUUUUCCCAGUGAACCUGGUUCAUCACUGUAACGCGGGUCCCACGGCACGUGGCGGCAUGCCAUUAGUCUGAUUAAUUAAUUUUUUUUAUUUUUUAAACAAAAAUAAAAAAAAAUAAUAAAAAAAAUAAUAAAAAAAAAUACUUUGUGAACUCUUUUCAUGGGGUUCACUAAUCGGGGUGCUCUUAGUCUUUUAAACAAUGAAUAUUUAAUCGCUACUCUCAACUACUUUAUCUCCUUUUUCUACUCCAAUCCUAACUACAAAGUUAUAUCGAUCAUCUUCCUAUAAAACUGUCCUUGCUCGUUCUUAGCUGCAACAGCCUUUCUAUAAGCUAUCUUCACCGCUCUCCACAUUAUCAUGGCGACACAAGAUUUGCAAGGGAUCAAACUCUUUGGCAAAACCAUUGCAUGUAACGUCAAUAUCACUCACAAGAUCAAAAACGAAGAUGAGAAACAACCGUCGGAUCCCACAGUCAGAUCAUCCUCAUUAUCUGAUCCGACGGUGGAGAAGCGUCCGGACAAGAUCAUAGCAUGUCCGAGAUGCAAGAGCAUGGAGACAAAGUUCUGUUACUUCAACAACUACAACGCUAAUCAGCCUCGGCACUUUUGGAAAAGCUGCCACCGUUACUGGACCGCCGGUGGCGCACUCCGGAACGUUCCUGUUGGUGCCGGUCGUCGGAAAACAAAACCACUGGCCCGUGUUGUUGUCGGUAUGCUUGGGGAUGGAAAUGAGGCUCACCAUGUCGAGCUUAUUAAUGGCUUGCUUUCCCAUGAGUUGCAUUCGGCAGCCGCUGCUCGCGGCGGUUUCCGACAUGAUUUUUCCCUUAAGCGGCUCCGGUGCUUUUCUGACGGUGAGCCGUGUUGAUUUUAAUUUACUGAGUAUUAAUUUUUCUUUGUUAAAUAUUAUUGUUUUUGGUAGUUGACAAAAAAAAAUUAUUGUUUUUGGUUUUGGGGUUGAGUGGUUGUCUUCCUUUAAACCCGUUGAAGAACGUGGUGAAUUUGGUCGCUCUUGGGUACAUACAGGCUGUCGAGAUAGUUAAUUUAGUAUUUGUCAAUCAAUCAAAGCUGAUUAGUGGUAGUUGUUUUAUUACUCUACACAAUAUAAUUUUUUUUUUGUUUUUUUUUUGUCAUCCACAAUAUAAUUUUUUACUGAAGGUAUUUCCAUCCGUACUCCAUUUUUGUUUUUUAGAAUGGAGUAAAAAUAAAUAUGAAAUAAGUAAUGCUCCAACUCAACUUCAUAUCUCACUCCAUAAUGAAAUUUACUUUAUAAAUGGAGUAAUCUAUUUUUAGUUUGUUCAUCACUCCAUUAUGGAGUAGAAAAUAUAGUAGGGUUGAAGCAAUUUUACUCCAAUUUCACUUUUACUCUAUUUUGGAGGAAAAAAUGGAGUUAUACAUUGGAGAUGCUCUGAACAGACUUCUUCACUCUUUUAAUUAGCUAAAAAUAUUUACCUAGGAUUUGUAUGAUAUGCUAAAAACUUAUUUUGAUAGAUAGUGAUAUCUAAAGCAAUAUAUAAUUAGCUAACUAAUAAUUUAUUUUAGAAAGAAGAAUCUCAUGACAAUGGAUGAUAUUUGUUAACAGAAAAGAGUCUAUUUUGAGUUUAACAGUUUCAGUUGUAUUAAAUACGAUCCAAAUAAAUGGUCAGUGCUAAAUGCGAUAUCAAUUCGGUUAUAAUUUGAAAAAUAAUCUGAUUUUUUUAAUAUACCCACAUCGAUAUUGACCAUAACAUAAGUUAGUCAGAAAUUAAACAAAGUUAUUUUGAUUUAAAAAAAAACAGAAAAAUGUUCAGUACGGAAUUUGAGCCCGAAAAUUGUUACCUUUAAAGUGGAUUCGUAUUACGGAAUAAAAUUAUAUAUACUACUAUGCUUCUUCAUUUUCUUCAAGUCAUGCAUAUUUAAUUAAGUGACAGAGACCAGAGUUAAUCUCACUACACAAUAGUAUGUAUGUAUGAAAGAGAUAGAAUCAGAUGAGAACAUAUUAUGUUGAAAAAGAAGAGAUUUAAAGGCAAAGAGACAUACUGUACUAGACUCUUAAAAAUAAAACUGAAUUAAAAAGUGAGGUGCAAACCUUAAAUUAAAAAGCAGGGUUUAUUUGAGAAUU